UCCUUCCGACAACUUCCUUCCCCGUGUCACGUGACCCCGUCUUCUCCUAGAUACGAGAAAGCGUCUCUAUGUGGUCGGCACGGAGAUAGAUGGGUUAGUUAAAAGACAGUUUUUAAACCUCCCCACGCAGUUAGGACAACUUACUGUCAUGGCAGUCUGUGGGAAACGCUUCUCAGUUGUCUGGACAACUACUCUAUCAAGUUUUAACAUUUGUCCGUCCACGUUUUGUUGUUACUAAUGCAUUGGUCUAUCUUGGAAUGAGAGAUAAAGAUUAGUUAGCAUGCUAGUGAAUUAGCCAUUCAACCACAGCAUCACACAGUGACCACGCCUGCCCGUGGACAGGCUCCUAGGCAGGCAUGGGGAAACUACAGAGCAAGUUUCGCAAGAGGUCUGAGCUCUACAGGUUAUCUCAAGGGGAGAAAGCAGAUAAUACCUUUGACAGUCAGGUAGUGCAGUAUGAACCUGCCCAUAAAGGAUCCAUCAACAGUGUCACAAAUCUCAGCCCAGACCUGUGUGUUUCUGGUGGGAGUGACCAGGCUGUGGUGGUGUAUGACUGGAAACAAGGGCAGGUGUGUCAGUCCUUCCAGGGUCACAACCGAGAAAUAACCAAGGUGGUGUGUUUUCCAGGCAGUACUUGGAUCUUUAGUGCAUCACGGGACAAGACUGUUCUGAUGUGGGACUUGAACCAGGGGGAUGAACCUAUUCAGGAAUUUUGCGGCCAUGAGUUGGUGGUUAAUGGACUAGCUGUCAGCCCUGAUGGGAGAAAGCUGUGCACUGGUUCCCGUGACAACUGGAUGUGCCUGUGGGAUAUAGAAUCUGCAAAAUGUGAACAGAGACACAAUAUAUCAAGAAACCUGGUGACUCACGUGUGUUGGGUGCCAGGCAGCUCCUCUAUAGUCCAGACAUCAGAGGAUAAGACCAUAAGGGUGUGGGACAGCCGUACAUGGCAGGUGAUCAAUACUUUUCCAGCCAAGCAGUACAUCCAGACCCACUGUGAUGUCUCUCCAAAUGGAAACUACUUGGUGUCCAGCAGCAACGGCUUUGCAGGGCAGGGCUGUGAAGCCACGCUUUGGGACCUGCGUCAACCUGGCUGUAAGGUUAUGGAAUACAGAGGCCAUCUCCAAACCACAGCCUGUUGCAUGUUUCUGCCUACACCUCCUGGUGGUACAGCUCGGGUAGCAACAUCCUCCCAUGACAGCUCCAUCAGAAUCUGGGACCAGAACACAGCAGUGUGUUUAGGGACAUUGUUUCUGGAUGGUGCUGGUCCACUGGUUUCUAUGGCGCCAAGUGACUCCACUAAUUUGCUGUGUGCUAGCUUUAACACUGGCCUCCACCACAUCCAGGUGGCUCAGGGAUCAAAUCAGGCUCCUGGCUCUGGGGCAGGUUUACGUGGUACAGGCGGCCUGGACGUGAAAGCUGUGGCAUGUUUCUGACAGCAAAGAGGAGCCUGGUCUGACUCGUAAACCUGACGUGUGAACAGUCAUUGACUCGGUGAUAGUAUCACUGGAUGUAGACGUUAUGUUUUUACAAUUUGGCGUAUUUCUAUAAACAUUUUUGCUGUAUUACACUGCCAUGUGGUGAAGAAUGAGAGAUUAAGUCAGUGAGAAAAGAAGGGGAUGAUAAUGGAGGAUGCAACUUUUGUCCAGCAGAGCCAUCUGGAUGACCAGAGCGUUGCCUUCUUGGACCAAGAUGAAAGAACUGGGUUUCACUCGGUUUACACACUACUUGAUGAGGUGCUUUGUGUGCAUGUUGUAUUGCUUUUAUUGGUGUUCAGAAUACAGAUUCAGAGGACAUCUUAAUACAACAGGGGUGAUGAUGAAUAUUUGGAAGCACUUUUAGAGCUGGAAAAUCACCUAUUUGGUCAGGACUCUUUCCGAGUCAGAGAAUUACAAGCCAAAUAGAAGUUCAUACUUCAUUUAUAUGUCAUUUUUCUCUAGGUAAAAUGUAGUAGGUGCAGUCAGAUGCAGUCCUUUUUGUCAAACACUCUGUGGGGAAAUUGAUUUUACUAUCAAAACAGACUAAUUAUGUACAUAUAUGUUGAUAGUUGAGUAGUUAAUUCUGUAGCUUUACCUACUUAGACCAAAUGGAUAUCUGAGACACAUAAUUAGCCUGUUUUGAUUUUCCUAUCAAAACAGAUUAUGUACAUAUAUGUUGAUAGAUGAGUAAUUAAUUCUGUAGCUUUACCUACUUAGACCAAAUGAAUAUCUGUGACACAGAACUGUAUAAACAUGCUUUGUUUUCAGGUAGAUUUCAGUGGAUAAAGGUUUUUAAACUGAAGUCACUGAUAGCUUCUGCUUGGUGCUGAGAUAUACAUAUAAUAUAUAAAAUCAGUCAACAGUUUGGACACACCUUCCCAUUCAAUUCAUUGGGCAAGUGUGUCCAAACAUUUGACUGAUAAUGUAUUUGAAUUUGAAAAUUACUGUGAAAAAUACCAGAGUAAUUUUCUUGUUGAUGAAAGUGGAUUCCAAGGUGGAAUAAAAACAUUGCAAAUGCAACAUAGAGCUGCCCAGUGACCUCUCAACAUAAAACAUGCUUCCAGUUAAGAUACCGUUUGAUCAAGAUUGAUUGAGGUUUUAGGAGUUUUGAGAUAGUCUACACUUUGAUUUGAAAUGUCAGUUUUAUACAGAGUACUCCUUUGUUUCACCACCUUAAAAAUUGCAAUACAGAACAUACCUUUUGUUUGUAGUGAAGUCAAAGAUGAUUACUACUGUAUAUCAUCCAAUUCAAUUUUAGAGGAUUAGCUUCAACUAGAGGAAUAAUACUGUAUCUGG